AUGCAGCCAUCGUUUCUCUGCUUCAUCCUCCUCCUCUUGAACAGCCCAAGUCUUGCUAAAGAUACAGUGGAAGAGAACAUUGGACCUCACCAGCUGGAUCGUCUGGUGGAGCUGCUGACAGCUCGGGAGUGUGAGGAGCUCAUCUCUGCCCUCUCCCAUACCGAGGAGAACAUCUUCCAACACUUGGAUCGACUGUCCGCAGAAAGGAACCAGUUAACACUUCACUCAAGGAGACGAAGAAAUAUAGACCAGAAGCCCCCCUGUCGCUCAACCCUUAAGGACUGGCUGCAGACUCAUGGCAAGCAGAUAUACUAUGACAGGCUGUCCCGUGCACUGCAGCAGAUCGGCAGAACUGACAUCGCCAUAGAGGUGGGUAAGAACAUCAACCAGGAUAAAACUCUUGCCAUGCAGAAAUAUGUGGAGGGGUACCAUAAACUUGUUAGCAAGAUGACCGCUGACCUGGAGAAGCCCCAAUUGGAAAAUAUCGAGGAUCAUGAGGACCAUGAGAAGGUGAUGCAGUACUCUGCAAAACAGGCCAGAGGGUUCACCUGGAAAGACGUAGAUUUAGUGGUGAAGAGGAAACCUGUGCCACCAUUUCAGCACCAACUGCUAGACAGAACAUGGCCACUACUUUACGGCCUCCUCUUUGGAUUUGUCGGUGCACUGUUCACAAGUUUGUCCAUCCUGCUUAUCAGCAUAUAUUUAUCCCAAGGCACCUCAAACAAAUCCAAGACUAUCCAUCAACGCCAUCGUUGUCCACUCCUCAGAGUUAUGACAUCAUCAGAGAACAGAGGUGCUGUCCAGAAAACACCAGAAGAGAGGCUCCAUAGUACUGGGAAUUCAGAACAAUAACGAAGCCAUGAUCAUCCUUAUGAAAUUCAAUAUUAAACUA